CAGGCGGUUACAAACCGUUGACAAUGUACAUCGUGCCAGUGCCGUCAAAACAAAUACUAUACAAUUAAACCCAGCAUGCCGGCUUAGCUUCCAAGGAAAAGACGCCCAAAUACUAUACAAUUAAACCCAGCAAGCCGGCUUAGCUUCCAAGGAAAAGACGCCCAGAUCCAGACAAUUUGAAGUUAAUAAACACUCGUAGGGAUCUUCAGAAGAAUGAUGAAAUUCAAUGUAUAUAUAGCUAUAUAUGGAAGACAUGAUUCAUAAUAAUUAUCACUGUGGAAAUUCAAAGUAUCUCAUUGGUAGCCAGUUUGGAAUUUCCUCACUUUCUAAUUGCAGAGGUAUCCUUUUUCUUUAGAAUUAUUUUGCUCACAAAUCUGUUCCUGCAGACAGAUUGAUAUCAGUCAUGGGUUUAGAUAAUGAAGCUCAAGCAAAUAAAGGAAUUCCUUCCAAAGGGUUUCGGUACAAUUCCCCUGUUGUUCAAGUGAUCUUGAUUGGAUUGGUGUGCUUUUGCUGUCCUGGCAUGUUCAAUGCUCUGCAAGGAAUGGGGGGUGGAGGGCAGGUGAAUGCUCAGGCAGUCAACAAUGCCAACACUGCUCUCUACACAACAUUUGCAGUGUUUGGCAUUUUGGGUGGAGGAAUUUACAACAUACUAGGCACUCGCCUCACCUUACUUAUAGGCUGCUCCACCUAUGUGCUCUUUACUGGAUCACUUCUGUAUUACAAUCACAACCAGCACCAAUUAUUUGCUAUAAUUGCAGGAGCAGUUCUGGGUAUUGGAGCAGGACUGCUUUGGGCAGGCCAGGGUGCCAUCAUGACUUCAUACCCAACAGAGGACAAGAAGGGCAGGUACAUUUCCUUGUUUUGGAGCAUUUUCAAUCUUGGAGGUGUGGUAGGAGGUUUCAUUCCUUUCAUAUCAAAUUAUCACAGAACUGCAGGGAGUGUUAAUGAUGGAACAUACAUAGGAUUCAUGUGCUUCAUGGGUUUUGGUGCCCUUCUGACUCUAACCCUGCUUCCAGCCCAUAAAGUGGUCAGGAAUGAUGGAACUAGAGUGAGCAUUAUGAAGUAUUCCAAUCCCACAACUGAGUUGCUGGAAAUUCUCAAACUGUUCUUAGAUUGGAAGAUGCUUCUGCUAUUCCCUGCUUCUUGGGCUAGUAACUUCUUUUACACCUACCAAUUCAAUCAUGUUAAUGGUAAGUUGUUCACAUUAAGGACCAAGGGAUUGAAUAAUGUGUUUUACUGGGCUGCACAGAUGUUGGGAUCUGUGGGCAUUGGGUAUAUCCUUGACAAUGGUUCCCAGAGCAGGAAGAAAAGAGGAUAUAUGGGUGUGGCUGUAGUUGCCUUGAUUGGAACAGCCAUAUGGGGAGGUGGGUUUGCCAAUGAACUGAAAUACAAUGGGAAAAACCCUAAUCUUGAUUUCAAGAACUCAGGGGCCUCUUAUGCAGGCCCACUUGUCCUGUAUUUCUCCUAUGGACUUUUGGAUGCCAUAUUCCAAAAUUUGGUCUACUGGAUGAUUGGGGCUCUUGGUGAUGACCCUCAGACUCUAAGUAGAUACAGUGGAUUCUACAAAGGUGUGCAGAGUGCAGGAGCAGCUGUUGCUUGGCAGGUUGAUGCCCAUAAAACUUCUCCAGUAGCAGAGCUGGUAAUCAACUGGUGUCUUACUACCAUCAGCUAUCCGCUUUUGCUUGUUCUUGUUGCCUUGGCUGUCCAUGAUAAACCCUCUCCUGUGGGUAAUUUUGAAGGAGACAUGGGAGAUGAGGAUGAAUCAGUAAAAAGAUAAAAAUGCUCAAAUGCAGUUGCAGAAAAACUCUGUAGAAAAACCAGAAUGACUAUUGAACACCACACAUUCAACACAAUCUAAUUUGAUGAAAGAACUGCUAAUGCAAGCCUUGGUUAGGAAUUGUAAACCAUACUGGUUCAAGGCUUUGUUUUGGCUCUGUUUCUAGAACUAGUCUUUUCUCUUCCUCCUUUUUAAGCAUGCUUGCAAAUGUGUAUUGCUUUUU